AUGUGUUUUAUGUCUGUUUUCAGAGAGGAAAGCGAGACGGUGUUGGCGCUUAAAGGUCUGACGCCAACCGGAACGCUACCGUUGGGCAUACUGCAUGAGGGUAGACGUGGAGUACAAGAGGGUAGACACGAGAGCGAGACGGUGCUGCAGCUCAAAGGCCUAAAUCCAGGAGGCAAACUGCCACAAGGUAUUCUGUCCGGAGGAAAGUCGGCACUCGUCGAAUGUAGCACUCACAGGUGUACAGCCAGGACAUCUUACCAUCGUAUUGCGAGCGAGAGGCUCGACCAGAUGAACGAGCGUAUGCCUCCGUCCAUGGCGACACCUGGACAAUCGCCGACGUCUUCGCCACAACCACGUGCGCGUAACGGACCCGAUGCAUAA